UAAAGAAGUGGAUGUCAUUCAUUCAAUGUUGGGGAAUAUUACUCCAUUAAUUCGCACAUGCAAGCGACCACAUUUUUUUCUCCUGAGAAGGAAAAAUGUGUGAUUCAAGUUUCAGUCUCAACGUGUAAAGUUGGGGGUGGCUUUAACUGGCCGUGCAAAAUGCGCCCCCAGGCAGCCUAAAAACUAAACUACUCUCGUCAGUUGGCCUGCUCUUAAUGGGAUUGGCGGUUUAAAUAUUCGGUCCUAAAAUAUGUAUGUCAUGCUACUGCCUGUAAUUUACCUGAUGCUUUGUCAGCUCAACAAGGCGUUUAUACAAAAUUGAGGCAGCAAUGGAGUGUUUUAACGCGUGGUAAAUAGGCGGCGUUGAGACCCGGGGAAACUUUUCAACCCCCAAAUCACCGUCUGCCGCACAACUCCCGUUAAAACGGUAGAAAAAUCUAGUAGACUUUUCCGUCCCCGCCUCCCGGCCCAUUCACAUCGGGCCAAAGCGCAGCAUACGUGCAGACAGACAUGAACACUUACUGCUAAAACCUGGAUUGUUGGUCACAGAAGAUUUUUUAAUGGUUGGUGGAAAGGACAGUCGAUGAUCUUACCGGUAAUCCAUAACAUGGCCUCUCCUACCCACAGCAUAAGAGAAAUCGCUCUAUAUGUCUGCGUAUGGACAAUUUUAUUUGCUUCCGUACCGGCGCAAGCUCAGUAUGAGAAGUACAGCUUCAAGAGUUUUCCACAGUCGGAGCUGAUGCCACUGGAGUCGGCGUAUGGAUACGCGCUGGAGCAGUAUGGUGUUCAGAACUGGAAGGAGAGUAUAAAAUAUCUGGAAUUAAGUUUACGGCUACACAGACUUCUAAAGGACAGCGAAGCCUACUGUAGCCAGAACUGCAGUCAGGUCAGCCGGGACCAUGACGAACUCUUUCAGGAUACCAGUCUUCGGAUAAUGGGACACUUUUUACAGCGGGCAUCCUGCCUUAAAAACUGCAAGAAGAACUUCCCGGUGUUUUCAGUAGCCUAUCCAAAGAGAGUGACCUUAGAGGCUUUUGAAAGAAGGGAGCCAUACCGGUACAUGCAGUAUGCGUAUUUCCAGCUGAAUUACCUGGAGAAGGCUGUGUCAGCCGCCCACACGUUCCUGCAGAGGAACCCUGGAGAACCUCUCCUCACCAAGAACAUGAACUACUACAAGAGUCUCUUCGAUGUGGACGAGUAUCUCAUUGACCAUGAGGAGAAACUCUAUGAGGGUGCUUUUCUAAAAGCUGUGAAGUUGUUCAAUGCAGGGGAUUUCAGUAACAGUGCAUUUAACAUGGAGCAGGCGGCUACAGAGUAUUUGAAAGUAUAUGACCUCUGUCUCGCCGCCUGUGAGGGGUCAUACGAGGUCACAGAGUUCAAGGAUUUCUACCCCACCUUAGCAGACCUGUAUGUGGACGUGCUGACCUGUAAGGUGAAGUGUGAGGCCAAUCUCACGCCCAACGUCGGAGGCUUUUUCGUCGAGAAGUUUGUCGCUACCAUGUAUCACUACAUGCAGUUCGCCUAUUAUAAGCUGAAUGACGUCCGCAGUGCAGCUCCAUGUGCCGCCAGCUACAUGCUCUUUGAUCCCUCGGAUGAAGUGAUGCAGAAGAAUAUGGUCUACUACAAGUUCUACAGAGAGCAGUGGGGCCUGGAGGAGGAACACUUCAAACCACGGCCGGAGGCUGUCCGCUACUUCAAUCAGACAGCUAAGCAGAAGGAAAUGCUGGAGUUUGCCCAAAACUAUCUACAGACAGAUGACGAGGAUGUAGUCAGUCCAGAGGAGCACGUGACUGGACCGGCCUCCCCGCCGGACGAGGAGUUUGAGAGGAUCGGCGAUUACGAGGAGUCCUUCCUGGCCGAGUGGUGGCAGGAGCCCAAAACCAAAGGGGACAAUGGAGAGACAGAAGACAGAAGAGAAGUGUAGAAUGCAUAUGCACACACACACACACACACACACACACCACACACACACACAGGGAUGGGCGAAAAUACAUCAAAAUGUAUUUUAAAAUAGAAUAUCAAAAAUACCCUAAUUUUAAGUGUAUCUAAAUAAACUACAAAAUACAGUAGCCACGGUAUGUAUCAAAAUAAAAUACUGUAUUUUUGUAUUUUCAAAAUACUAAAAAUACUCUUUAAAGGGACCUGUCCUACAUGGCAGGUAAAAUCAGUUCCUGGCAUUUUAUCCAUAUUUGUAUAGUUUAGUAUUAGUUAUUAGAUUAUUUUUCUUGAGAACUUUAAUCAUCAGUAGGCAAAUUAACAUGAUCAUCCAAUUGGAACAGAUGAACCGGUUAUGAGUUUGGCUUCCAACGUUGUGAGUUUUUUGUACCUUAAAAUAAUGUUUCCAAAAUCGUUUCAGUGGUUCAUUAACUCGUAACAGGGGGAACGACACUUCUGCAUUCGCUUUGCGGCCCUCUAUCAUCAUACAUCAUACUUUCAUAAAAUCAUGCAACAUACUCUAGCUUGUCUGUGGACAUUGUUAUUUCCAAAUGUGCUGGAUAAACAAAUAGCGUGCGUGCGACAGAGGAAAAGUGCUUUGGUGUUGCUUUAAAAAGUUGGCCCAUGUAUCAGCUAAAGCAUUUUCACGUAUUCUAGGCAUGCACUGACAAUGUCAGAGACUUCAUCCAUAUUAUAUGUCAGUGUGCCAUGAGUUUGAAGCGUUUUUUUUAAUAUUUCAAUUUCAACAGUAAUUUCAAUAUUGCCAUUCAGAUCAGAAAUGGUUAGUUCCCCAUUCCUCAACAUCUUUACUGAUGAUAUUUGUAAUGUUUUCACGCUGAUGCAUUCAGACUGGCCUAAUGAGGGA